AUGACAAUUUUGCCGUCUACCUACAUUGGAAGCCCGCGCCACAUGCACGAAUACGCACAAGAUGCAAUGACAUACGUUAGAAAAUAUGGUCGCCCUGAUCUAUUCAUUACAUUUACAUGUAACCCGCAAUCGAUAGAAAUUAAGAAAGAAUUGAUACACGACCAAACACCAGGAUAUAGACAUGAUAUUACCAGAGUUUUUAAACAAAAAUUGAAAUCUUUGUUGAAUUUCAUAAUAAAGCAUCAUGUAUGUGCCCAAGUACGUUGCUGGAUGUACUCUGUUGAGUGGCAAAAGCGUGGUCUUCCACAUGCGCACAUCUUAGUCUGGUUAAUUGACAAAAUGAGGCCAGAAGAUAUUGAUUCAGUCAUAUCAGCAGAGAUUCCUAAUAAAAAUGUCGAUCAAAAUUUGCUUGCAAUAAUUACUAAACAUAUGAUACAUGGACCUUGCGGAGUUUUCAACAAUAACUCGACCUGUAUGACUGACGGCAAGUGCUCUAAACGAUACCCAAGAAAUCUAACUGCUGAAACCAUUAAUGGAAAUGACGGUUAUCCGCUGUAUCGUAGGCAAUCAGUUGCGGAUGGUGGGCAAUAUGUAGUUGUGAAGGUAAAAGGACGAAAUUUAUAUGUUGACAACCGAUAG